AUGGGAGCUAUCGAGUUCCUGGGAGCACAGGAAAAGAUCAAUGUCCUGGUAGCACAGGAGGAUGCACGUCCACCACGCGAGCUGACCCGUAUUACAAGUGAGGUGUGGCUUUGGAGAAGCCUAUCCACCACUGGAGGGAAGCCAGUCUACAGCAUCGACAACAUGUGGACUAGGAUAGGGUCUGGAUGCCCACACCCAACUGACUCCUGUGAGAAUACCUGGCUUCCUAACCCGGACAACUGGUUUACCUACAGCGAUUGGAAUCCGGACAACCUUCCUAAUUGGGAUCCCAACGGCCUUAGACCUGGUAGCAGCGGACCCGCACUAGAAGACGAGGUUCCGUCUUCGGUCUUCCCCAACGCCUGCCAACAAGAUCGACUAUUGAUUGAUUUAAGUGUUGUAACGGAUUAG